AUGGAGGUCCUGGUGCUAUCCAUGCUUGGGUUGGGGAUGCACCCGGUGAUGCCACUGUCGUUCGUCCACCACAUCAUGACAAGGCUCAACGCUAGGUGUUGGGAGCCAACCCACUGGGAGUUCCUCCGCCGCUACGAGCGACUCCUCGUUGCUGCCGUCUCCUGUAAGAGAAAGAAAACGGAAGCAGAUUCCAGACAGCUGCCCUACCUUCCGUCCAUUCUUGGCUCCUCCAAUCUCACGCACCGCCUCUCCCCAAUCUCCCUCACUGACUCGCUUGUCGUCGGGGUGUCUGGCUCGUUGACCGCAUCGAAAGUCUGA